CUGUGUGUGUGUGUGUGUGUCUGUCUGUCUGUCUGUCUGUCUCCAGUGUGUGCGCGUGACCUGUCGCGCGGGGGGUUCUACCGUAAGAGUGGCGAGUACCUGUGUUCCGAAGACUACCAGCGUCUCCAUGGAAACCGCUGUGCUCGGUGCGGAGACUACAUCCUGGGAGACCUGGUGUCGGCUCUCGGACGAACAUAUCACCCCACAUGCUUCAGCUGCACACGAUGCAGUAAGCCCUUCCCAGUUGGUGGUCGGGUGACUAUGAGUGGACAGGAGACUGUCUGUCAAGACUGCAACUCACGACAACCAAUGGGCUUCCAGAGACACAGCAUCUGUGCGGGCUGUGAUGAGCAUAUAGAUGCUGGCCAGUCCCUAUUGGCUCUGGAGAACCUGUGGCACGUCACAUGCUUCUGCUGCCAGACCUGCCGACAGCCAAUCACGCGCGAGUAUUUCAGCAGAGAUGGCAUACCCUACUGUGAGCUGGACUACCACAUCCAGUUUGGCAUCCGCUGUGACAUCUGCACCGGCUUCAUCACAGGAACUGUUCUGGAGGUGGAGGGUCGUCAUUUCCACCCCGCGUGUGCUCGAUGUGUUCACUGCCAACGCAUGUUCCUCGAAGGGGAAGAACUCUACCUCACAGGACCCGACCUGUGGCACCCUGCAUGUAAGCAGGCAGAACGAGCAGCAAGGAAGCUGAGGCGCAGGCGUGCGUCCGAGACCUCGGCUAACUCCAGUGUCGGCACUUCUGGUCAGAUGAUGAGUGUGAAGCUGGGUGAUGAGUAUCUGGACUAUAAGACAGUGGCCGCUCUGCCAGAAGACAAAGCCAUACAUGAGAUGGAGAGUCCAGUACAACGCCACCAGGGUUUCUACUUUAAUCGUCGUCAGCGCUCCUCCAGUGCAGACUCUUACAGUCAUCGCUCACUAUCACCUCACGCUCACCCCCUACACUACACAGGUUCAGAGAGUGGCAGGAGCUCGUCCUAUCACAACCUCUCCUGCUCCUCCUCCCUCUACACCCCGCCCACCAGGAACAAGCUGCCAAAACACUUUCACCUGCCAGCUACGCCAGACAGCAACAUCUAUGGCAGACCUCCAAUCUAUAAACAAGCAGCCUUCAGUCGCGGCUCCAGCGAGGAGCCGGAGAUGCCACCAUCUGAAUACCACACUCUCAGUCCACAGUUGCCCUGCAGAUGGAACACGUGUAGAAGGCAAGAGGACACACCCACGCAGAAAAGAGGACAGGAGGAUAUGAGAACUGCACAACAUCCUGGGGAUACCGGCAGUAAGCAUGCACACUCACACACACACACACACACACACAUAAACUGA